UGAGGACUUCAAGCACGAUAUAAGAUGUUGUAACAUCCACUUCACUGUGUUUGGAGAUCGAGAAGGUAAACUCACCCUCAAAUCACUUUGAAAAUGGCAAGUCAAGGCACUACGACAGUCUCGACUGUGAAGACAGACGACGGAGUCAACCUGCACGUCAAAGUACUUGGAGAUGAUGCGACAAAAAGAAAGCCCCUGCUCAUCUCGCUCCAUGGCGCGCCAGGCCUCUCAACGCACAUGGAGCCAGAAGCUUCCUUCGCUUUUCUUUCUGACACCUUCCGAGUUCUGGUAUACGACGCUCGAGGCAGUGGAAUAUCGGACCAUAUUGGACCAUAUACACACGACCGCUGGAUUAAGGACAUUGAAAUUCUAAGACAGUGGGCGGGCGCGGAGACGUUUGUUCUUGCUGGUGCCUCAUAUGGCGCCUUCAUUGCCCUCGAUUAUGCCAUUCUACAUGGGGACAGGCUGUACGGGCUUCUACUCCGAGGUGCCUGGGCAAAUGGGAAGCUCGGCCCGAUGAAUGCCUUAGCGAAUAUCUUGACCUCCCACAAGGUCAAAGUCGACGUAGCACGUCAAGUUCGCGUCUGGUCCGGAACCUUACGCAAUGAUGAGGACUAUGAAGCUGCGAUUCUAGAACUUCUUCCGUUCUAUACGCCGCCUGAGGAUGAGUCGGCUACGGCUACGACGGAAGAGAAGCCCGAAUCGACCGAAUUCAAGGGCACCGUCAAAUACCACUCCGCCACCCAGAACUUCGCCUUCAGUGUUAAUCAGCCGCGCUUCGAUGUGCGGGAUCAGCUCCAUACAAUCAAGGCACCCACGCUCGUGGUGGUCGGUCGUCACGACAAUGUGACCCCAGUGGAGUGCAGUCGAGAGAUUGCAGAUAAACUUCCCCAUGCAAGGCUGGAGAUCUUCGAGAAAUCAGGACAUAGUCCGCCUUCGGACGAGCCGCAGAAGUUUGAGGCAGUAGUCGCAGACUGGCUCAAGGCUGAUGUUUUGCCUGUGUUAAAGUAGUAUAGUACUUGGUAGAUGUUCAAGCGAUGUAGCUUGACCCUGACGAUUCCAUAUCGUUAUUGCCCAACAUCGAGUGGGCAACUUAAUCCACGUCAAUC